UUGUAAGCCCCUAUGACCCGGUCAGCCUCGCAAAAGCUCAAGGCUGAGCCAUGCCAAGGGAUUACAUAAUCUAGGUUGAUUACGUUAUCAAAGGGCGUCGCGACCUAAUGUCCUUUGACUUUUUUUGUGGCCUCGACAUAUUGCAAUACAUAUCAUUUGGUGUAUUCUGAUCUGGCCACAAGAGUGCUUUUCGAGUUUUGAGAAUCUCCCUGGUCCCGUGGAUCUUUUGAAAGGAACUCAGUAAUCCUCGACGACCUUUCCCAUAUCUGUCCUGUCACAAUGCCUGAAAACGGCCAAGUCGAACCUAUUCCCCCGGUCAAGGACCUGGCUAGUAGUGAACCAUCUGUGCGACGGGCAUGUCUCAAGACCAUCAUCUCGCACCUCACCGAGCGCGCUGCUUCAUCGCCACUGACAUCGACGCAAUGUCUUCAACUCUGGCGCGGGCUAUACGUAGCACUCUACAUGCACGACAGCAAGAAUGCCUUGUCUGUACAGCAAUUGGCCGCCGAACUGGCGGCGACAGUGAAGCUCAUGGCCGCAAAGGACGAAGAGGCCACCAGCAGUGGCGAGGACGACGAGAACAGUAACGGCAACAGCAAAAGCAACAGCAAUAACUCUCCAUCUUGGCUCGACACCUGGGCCACGGCAUUCUGGGAGACCAUCUGUCGAGAAUGGACGACGAUCGACCAGUGGCGCAUGAACAAGGUGCUGAUGCUGGUCCGUUUCUUCUUGAGAGAAACCUUUAAUGUCUGCUUCACUGCGAUCGCCAACGACACAGAUAGUACCAACUCUAAAGACUUGGUCCUGCGGCAAAAGCAGAUCUUGGAAACCUGGCCGCUCAGUCCGCGCGAGCGCAAGGUUCCAGAUGGACUGAGGCUCCAUGUCCUUGACGUCUGGGUUGACGAACUGCUCGGCCAACUCGACGUUGUGCGCCAGUCUGGAACUGUGGAUGAUGACGACAACGCCGUCGCCGCCUCGUUGCAACAAGUCGCGCAGGAUUUCAUGACGCCCGUCGAAACAAUCAGCAGGCAAGCUUUGAGCAAAGGCGUCAAGAUGAGGGCCAAAGAUGCGAUUCAGCUGUUUCAGGAGAAAACUUCUUCGUGACAGUGACAAAAGUCAGCCGUCAAGUUUUGCUGAAUACGUCACACGAACCAUCAUUGCAUUACCUACAUACUGGACAAGAGGCCGCUCAGUGACACUGAUAGGAGGAUUCGAGGUCGAUGGCCAUGCUCUUUUGCAAACAAUAUGGGCACUGGCGUGCAUGCAGUAUUCCUUACCAUCCAUGGACUCCUCGCGCAACGACCGUGCCCAAGCAUACUUCUAACCGCAUAUACACACUGUCUGUGUUUCCCGCUGACUGCUCGCGCGCAUCAACUGCCAGGCUGCCCACGGGGCAAUCUACAUAGCGAUGAACAUUCUCGGUCUAUCGAAUUGUCCUAAAUUCGUCCGGCCAGGGCCCCUACGGGAAGGGUUGGUUCCAAACAAACCGCCGCUUCCAUUGAGUCAAUAUUUUGACCCAAACCCAACAAUCUACCCCCUUCGAAUAACGCCAGCUCCUAGCUUCGACAUAGCAGAGCAUGCCUGCAGAAUACCAUGUGCAAAGAUCGUUCGCAAGACUCGGAUGAAAGCGUGGGCCCAGAGGCUCCAUCUCACUUCUGGGUUCUGUGUUGGCCAUAUAUCGCGGUACAAAAAGUCUGAAAUCCUUUCCCUUGCCUUGUCUGGCCCACAAUAGUCAUCUGGCUUUCAAAACCCAAGCAGUGCUGAAAUUCAGACGUGGAGGAUCUUCUGACCAUUAACCGGGUCGUGAUUGAGUUGGGCGGUCAGCUGGAUAGACCUUAGCCGGGUAAGCGAAUAUUUGACUUUCCGGGGGGAGAGUGUGAGAAUGUGAGAGUUUUCAGAUGGGAUAGAACCAUCGCACAGUCGCCCCCGGGAUAUCACAGAGGCUGGCAUUCCGGAAUCUUGCCCUGCUGCCCCGGAGGCUUGGUUGGAUCCCCAGAGCUGGCCGCACGCGACCUAACUGUUCGAGGCGCGGGCGUGCGAUCUUGAACACCCAGCUGUGGCAGGUGGGCUAGGUCUGUCCAUGGUCGAUGGUGGAUACCAAGGGGCAUACUGUAUCUAGGUAGCGAAACAGACAAGAAGGAGAGACAAUGGUAAUCCAACUGUUGUUCCCUUUGCUCACCCACCCGUCACAGCAUCUUGUCUGUGUAUACCUUGCAUUGUUGUUUGCCGGCUCCCCUUUCGUUUACUUCGGACCAAUACCUUACGCCAGUACAACUACACCUUAACGUACAUGCUAGCGUACCUUAUACUCGGCAGAGUGUAUACAAUAGUAGGUACAGAUCAAGCAAACAUAUGAUUAGCAUAAAUACACAAAAUGGCUCGGC